UGUUCUCUUUUCUUGGGACAGUUCAAUCCUUCUUCAGCAAUAACCACUGAAAAUCAGUAUUACAUUAAGGAACCCAAGUCAAGUGACAAGGUUCACUGUCUAGUGAAUGUAAUGCCAGCAGACAAAAUACAGCUCAUGUCAGAGAAAGUCUUAACCAAAAUGAAGAUGAUCAGGGGAAAAGCCAGUGAACUGGGAAUCCCUCAAGUUGUUGUCAUGACCAUGACAGACAAGGCUUGUCCACUGGUGAACAAUGAUCUGAAGAAAAUCUACACCAGCAUGGAGAUCAAAAAGAAGAUGCAGAUGUGCAGUAAUGAGCUGGGUGUUCCAGUGAACUGCAUCCUGCCAGUGAAGAACUACCAUGAGGAGGGCGGGCUGGAUAACGACAUGGACAUCCUGAUACUGAACGCCUUUUCUCAGAUUGUACACCAUAGCAAUGACUACCUCUGGGACUGCCGACAAAAUCCUCGUCCCUCAGGACCUUCAUAGGUUUCACACCACCUAAAUAAAAUAUAAAGAGAUUAACAAGCCUUGCAGUAUACUCCCAUAUAUGUAUAACCUGUCAAAUUAGUCUUUAUGGGGCUUUCAGUUAGCUGGCAUGAACUAUCAAAUUAAUUGGUAGCUUCCGCAUUCUGUUGGAGAGUUAGAACGUUUUGGAUGAUUAAGAUAUAAAAAAAUAUAUGUACUCGUGCUUUGAGCAUUGUGUGCUGUAGAAAUUGUAUUGUGUAUUCCUUUAAUGUUUCUCUUUUUUAAGUUCACCAUAUUUGGUUAACCCAGGUAGGAGAUAUUACAACCACAACACUGACCCCACUUCCCUGAUCUGAUUUACUGUAUCCAGCACAAACAUGACAAUAUAUUGAAAACAGGGACACUUUACGUUUGCCACAGAAUGUGUCAGCCAAUCAGGAGGUAAACUCUGUGCCUAGUCCAGACCUCUUGUUUUAGAAUGGAACUAUUAGAGCUUAGUGGGAAAACACUUGCCGCUCAAACACAAGGCCCCUCUCUUUGGCAAGCUGUUCUCUUCACUUCUGGUCUUCAACCCUGUUUACAAUUAGUCUCUGCUCUAAUUCGUGGUCUGAGUUAAAUACCUGAACCCUGUGUGGACACAGUGGAAUGGAAAAUGACAUCUCUUGUUCCAGAACAUGGGGAACAGACCCAUUGCCAGAAUCUUGUUCAGAGGCGGAGAAUAUUUUGAGAAUAACAAACCAUCAUUGGACAGUUAGUUUUUAUAGCUACAGUAAUACUGGACUGGUAAAAGUCUUGUCUAAGUCCACAUCGACCUCAGAUAAAACAACAAAUCUGCCACUGAAAAGGACCAAACUGCUUAGAAAGAUCUCCCAGGCUGCAACCCACUCAACCUGAGCAGAGGAAUUACAUAAGCAAUAUCAAUAUGGUUUAUUCAUUUCUAUUCGCCCAUUGGCAUUUUUAUGUUUUAGGCUGUAAGUCUGAGUGUAUUUCUGUAUGAAAUACCUGCAUCCUUGUUGUAGAAUAACCAUGCUUCUUUCAUUAGUCAACACCUUUGAUAGUGAUGAUAAACUUUUCUUUCUCUUCCUCUUUCUGAUGUAUAAAAUGCUAAGAGUGUUACCUAUAACUAUCCAAUAAACUGCAUUGAUUUCACUUCAA